AUGGGAUUUUGUGAUAUAAACCCAUCGGAAUGUAAUCUAACACUGGAGGAACUGCUCUUCAAGUACCUGGGACCCCGUACAUCCAACUAUUUCACUCCAAUUUGCAUAAUCUACCUGAUUAUCUUUACAGUUGGUGCCAUUGGAAAUACUUUAACUUGCAUUGUGAUUAUCAAACACAAGAUUAUGAGAACUCCUACAAACUACUACCUUUUUAGUCUUGCCAUCUCAGAUUUGUUGGUUCUACUUUUGGGAAUGCCUUUGGAACUUUAUGAACUCUGGAGUAAUUAUCCAUUUCUUUUUGGGAAAGGUGGAUGCUCAUUCAAAACUCUGCUAUUCGAGACAGUUUGCUUUGCUUCCAUCCUGAAUGUAACGGCACUCAGUGUGGAAAGGUAUAUAGCGGUGGUUCAUCCUCUUCGUGCUAAGUAUGUUGUGACAAGGAACCAUGCCAAGAGAGUCAUCAUCUCUGUCUGGGUUUUGUCUAUACUGUGUUCCGUACCCAAUACCAGCCUUAUUGGUAUUCACAACUUGUAUAUAAUUGGUUAUGGAACAAUACCUAAUUCUGCCAUAUGCACUUUGGUUCGUCCUAGGUGGAUUUACAAUCUUGUUAUUCAGAUUACCACCAUUUUUUUCUUUUUUCCUACCAAUGUGUACCAUAAGCGUCCUGUAUUUGCUCAUCGGUCUCCAACUUAA